AUGGCUCAUGUUGUCGCUCAGGAAUCUGCUGCUAUGGGUGCCAACCAGACACGGGUGGAGGAAGGCUUCACCGAAGAUCCAUAUCUCUCCGAGGAACUUUUGGUCCUUUCUUCGGGUAAACCGAUUAUAGAGCCCUGGAUUGCCAAUAGCACUAGUGCCUUAGUGCAACAGUUCUACCCAUCUGAAGAAGGCGGAAAUGCUCUGGCCGACAUCCUCUUCCGUGACUACAAUCCUUCUGGUCGACUACCUGUGAACUUCCCGUACGAUAUUGGGUUUCUCCCGGUGUGCUAUAACUAUCUCAGCUCAGAUUGCGCGAUUGGGGAUUCAGGACACAUCAAUGCUAAUGGGAGCAUUGUUUUCGGACAUCAAUACGUGAUCGGCACACCGCAACCGUGGUAUCCUUUCGGACACGGCAAGUCAUACUCGACUUUUGAGUAUUCGUUGGUAUCCCUGGAUAAAGCGAAUGCCACAAUCAAUGACACAGUUACGGCCAGCGUGAAGGUAACCAAUACCAGCCCUGUGGAUGGAACAGAUGUUGUGCAGCUGUACAUUGUCGACAGCAUUGCGAGUAUCGAUGUGCCUAGUCACAAGCUCAAGAGGUUCAAGAAAAUUCGCGUCAAAACUGGUUGGACAUCUAACAUCAAGACUCCAGUCUCAGUUCAAGAUAUUGGACUGUGGAAUAGAAAGAUGAAGUAUGUUGUGGAGCCGGCUCAGUUUGUUGUCCUGAUCGGAAGAAACUGUACGGAUAUCAUCGGAAACCUUACCUUCUACGUUUCUUGA